AGUGACCUACACCACUGACUGCCAGAAUACAAAGCAAAACCUGCAAUACAGCGAUCGGAACGAGGGAAUUGGAGGGCUCCCCACCAUUAUCGACCUGUCCAGCGAUCAACACUCCCAAUCUAUACCCACCGCUACGCCUUGAUCCAGUUAUCUGGUAUUUCAAACGGCCUCCACAUUCCCGGCCAUUGACCUUCAUGACAUGGCGGACCAAUCGUUUUUAGAGGCAUUGAACCGAGAUGCGAGUUUGAAAGAGUCCAUAAACCUGUAUAUCGCCCAACAUCCGGACUCGAGCGACCUUUUCUCGCGUAUCGUAUCAUUCUUCGCCUCUUCGUCUGCAUCAGAAGAUCCAGCGUCGAAAAAGCGAAAGCUGGAGGACACAGGAUCGGUGCAAUCGACCACCCCUUCAUCUGAUCCCCUGCUCUACAUCCCAGCCAUCUCGGUCUCGUCUCCUCAGCGCAAGAAGCUCUCGCUGGCUUUUUUCCAAGACCGCUUCAUACUCGCUGCCUCGUCGCCAACCCCGGAUCUAUCUCCUUCUAAAAUCAUCUACUCGGCUGAUAUACCAGGCGGCAUCAGUAAUUUCUUCGUGUCCGAGACGCCUGGGCGGGCAACAAAGACAUACACCUACAUCAUCCUCCCUAGCUCAAAUCCAGAUGCACCCACCUCAUUUUCGGAAGCAGUCGUCUUCGUCACGCCCGAGACGGUCGCAGGCUUCCAAGGCAAAGCCGUACCUGCGAUUGCCGACACACCAGCGCACAUCUUCCUGAGCUCGUUCUUGGAGUCCAAGCUACACAUCUCACCUCUCGAUAAACGCAACGAGACAUUCUAUGUCGACGCGCACCGCGGCACGAAAGAUGGAUACCUGUUUUUCACACCGUCCGGUAUACUCUUUGGCUUCAAAAAACCAGUGUGGUUCGUCCCUAUCGACCUCAUCGACUCGGUCUCGUACUCAUCCAUCACACGCGUCACCUUCAACCUCACCAUCGCCGUCGCGUCAUCGGACGACCCCUCCGCCGGCGGCGUUUACGAAGAAGUCGAGUUCAGCAUGGUCGAUCAAGAGAACUACUCGCGCAUCGACGAGUACGUCCGGAACUGGCGGUUGAACGACCAGUCGAUGGCGGAGGAGAAGCGCGAAAAGAGAAUGCUAAAGUCGCAGAACGCCGACAGCGAGAACGGAUUUGAGUUGAUCAAGGCCGAACAAGAAUGGAAAGCAAUCACGGGCGAAGAGGGAGAUGAUGAACUAGAACAGGCGCCUGGGAUGUACGAUGACGAAGACGAUGAUGACGAAGAGGACGAGAAUUUUGAGGCGAACUCGGAUGACGACGAUGGCGGGUCGCCUAGCGCUAGUAGCGAUGAGGAGAGCGACAAUGAUAACAACUAGCUAGUAUUUAGACCUGCCCCUUCUCUCCUAAUGUACGAUACUUCCUACGCUCGUAAAUAUUCGUUAA